GGUGCUCCGGGGGAGCCAUGGAGGGGAGCCCUCCCGCUGAGGCGCGGCGCCUGCCGCGGCCCCCCAAGCAGCCCCCGCAGGGCGGCCGCGGCCCGGCCCCGCCGGAGCGCCAGGCCCGCGGCCCGCACGCCGUGCUGGAGGGCAAGGUGAAGGCGCUGAAGGAGAAGCGGGGCGGGCGGCCCGGGACCCCCGCGGCUGCCCCCGAGCGCCCCUCGCCCAAGAAGCCGCGGCCCCGGCGGGGGAAGGCGGAGGUGGAGCCGCGGGUUCAGCUCCGCACGUACCUGACGGACGGGCUGCUGGACGGGGCCGAACCCGAGCCUGGCAGCGGCCCCGCAGCCCGCGGCGGCACCCCAGGGCUCUGGAGGGUGCCGGCGGCCAGGGGAGAUGUGCCCGGCGGCCCCGAGCUCCCCCCGGACAAGGGCAGCAGGUCCUGGCACUGCGCCUCCCUCCAUCAGAGAGCCGCCCUGGAUGAAGCGGCCCGGAGCCCGCUGAGGGAGCGGGGGCGUCCCUCCGUCCCGCGGCCCCGAAGCUGGGAGAGGCUCUCGCUGGCUGAGCGCGUGGAGAGGAACCGGCGGCUGCUGCACGAGGUGCUGGGCCUCGCCCCUCCCGAGAUGCCAGCGAGCGAUGGGGACUGGGACUCGGGGGUUUCACUGCAGGAUGCUGAGGGCUGCAGGGCCUCGGUGGCCGGGCAGGAGCUGGAGCUGAGCCCGCGGCACGAGCAGGCCAAGCAGCUGCUGCAGCGCGCCCGCAUGAAGGCCCGCACGAACCCGCUGCGCGCCAGCCACGACAUCCUCCUGCUCCCCAGCGCCGUCCCGCAGCCCAGGGAGGCCGGCGGGCGGCCGAGCGUCGCCCCGCGGGACGGCGGGAGCCUGAGCGAUUCAUCCAGCGGGGAGUCGAGCUGUGGGCGGCCGCGGCGGCCGCGGGGACCGUCCCGUCCCGCGUCCCGCGAGGACGAGUCGGCGCGGGACGCCGAGGUGCGGUACCUGGAGCGGCUGCAGCUGCGGCAGCGGCGGGCGCUGGGCUCGGCCAUCGCCUGCGCCGAGCCGGCCGGCAGCAGACAGCGGGACGGCGCCGGCCAGCCCAAAGCCCGCGGGGGCGACCUCGUGGCCGGGGGCAAGUGCAGCGCCUGCGGCUCCUUCCUCGGUGCUGCCGCCGGCCGGGGCACGGACGCGCAAGCUGCCCCCGACCUGGCCAAAAGUAGCCCUGCAGCACAAAGAAGCGUCCCAGGGGAUGGCAGAGGGCUGGGCGCUGCCCAGACAGAGCCGAAAAUCCGGCCUCUGGGCCCAGGAGGGUCCCCGCUGUGGAUCCUGCCCUCCCGGCAACGCAUCCACACCGAGAAGAUCAAGGAGACCUACAUCGGGGAUGUCACCUACAUCGACGAGGUGGACUCGGCCCUGGAGAGCACCGACACCUCCGACGGCUGCCGGACGGACAGCGAGGAGGCCGGACCCCGCAGCCCCCACCUGCGGGGGCACCGGGACCCCCGCACUCGCGGGCACAGAACUCCCUGCGCUGCCCCGCAGCCCGAGCCGAGGGCCAGGAAGGGAACGUGUGUGGCCAGCGGCGGCCCCGAGGAAGGGGACUCGGGUCAGGGCACUGUUUGCCCCCCACCACCGGGAAGAACCAGCAGCCGGGAAGAUGGGGAACCCCAUCGACAUCUGGGGGGCAGCAACAAGGGAGUGGGGAACACAGCUCGCCCCCCGCAGCAGCCCAGUGAGCCCCUGGAGCCUUCCUCGCAGCUGAGGACCAGCACCCCCACCCCAGGUGCCCACGUCCCUGCUCCCCCUCCCACCAAGAAGGCCUGCGCCCAGGUGCCUUGCAGGAAAGCGCUGUUCUCCAGCAGCAGCCGCCAGGCGCCGAGCCAAGCAGCGCGGGGCCCGGAGCCCGAUGCUGGCAGCGCAGCCCCCCCGCAGCCCGGGGGCACGGCCGGGCCGGCCGAGCGGCGCGGUGCCUGCAGCCCCCGCUGGCUCCCGGGGAGCCCCCUCCGUGCCUUGUCCACCAACAACUGCAACAACACCCACGGGCAGGACGCCCCGGGGGCGGGCAGAGGGACGCUGUCACACCCCGCUGGCAGCCCUGUCACCGCCGUGCCCCACGAGGCUGCGGAUCCUGCCGGGAAAGGUGCCGGGAUGUCGGGAGCGCAGCCACAGCGGCACCCGUCCGGCAGCGCGGCACAUGGGGAGCCGGGCCGGCCAGUGAGCCGCAAGGGCAGCAGCGCUUCGGCGUCGGGGUUGAAGAAGCUCCUGUGCAGCCUGAGCCAGAGCACCAAGCAGCGCCUGGGCCGCUUCCGCUGCUACAGCAUGGAGCAGCUGCCGGCCCCCGGCGGCUCCCCGCAGGGCAGCCCCGGCGUCAAGAAGUCACCGUCCCUGCAGUCCCUGCAGCUGGUGUCACCCUUCUGCCAGCCCCAAAAAGCUGCCUCUAUCCAGAGCCUGCAUCCCCAACUGGGGAAGACACCUCGUGCCAGUGCCUACCUCCUGCCCCAGACCACGGCUGACAGGAAGGGGGGCUUGGGGCCGCAGCGCUCGCUGAGUGUGGAGGACAUCGGGGCGCCCGGGCAGCUGCGCGCGGUGGGGCGCGUGGUGCAGGUGUUCCCCGAUGGCACCAGCCAGCUGGAGCUGCAGCGACCGCCCCACGGCGCCUUCGGCUUCUCCGUCACCUCCGGGCACGGCCGGCCCGACACAGGUGUCUACGUGCAGGAGAUGGCGGAUGCUGGCACGGCCAAGCUCUACGCGGGGCUCCUGGCCGUGGGGGACGAGAUCCUGCAGGUGAACGGCGCGGCCGUCUCGGGGCUGGGGCUGGCCCAGCUCCAGGAGCUGCUGCUGAGCGCUGACAGCCUGUCCCUGCGAGUGCUGCGGCACCGCCCCGCGCCGCGCUAGCCCCGCCACCGCCUCCUGCCGAGCCCGGCCAGAGGAGGAGCAUGUCCCAGUGACAAGAGGAGGAUCCUGAUGUCCCGCUGAUGUCCCAGGAUGCUGCAGAAUGGCAUGGACCAAGCUGCCUCGCAGUGCCAGGACAUGCCCGGCUCCACUGCAGUCCCCCUGGGAGAGAGUGUGGGAGCAAGGACAUCCCAGAGUCUCCAGGAGCUGCCCAGGUGUGGGGGACAGGGGACAGCCUGGCCCCAGCAGAGCUGGGUGGGUCUGUCCUGUUGGGCACUGGGGUGACCAGCAUGGGGACACCCCAUCUCUGUGACCCCAGGAGACAGAGGGCUUCCUGCCAGCACUGCCACCUUGUGCUGGAGGGCUGGUGAGGUUCUUUUAAAUUAUUGCAAACUGAAACUCAAAAAUACAUCUCUGCAAUAACAAAGCAGUGCCCUUGGCUUGUGGCAUGGAGGGGCUGGGGUGGUGCUUGUGGCCUUUGCUACUUGUUUUUUUCCAUGGCCCUGCUGCUCCACCAGCCACCUCCUGACCAUGCUGUGGUGCUGGGGGGCCCUGGGCAGGCAGGUGAGGAGGCUCAGCCACCUGCAGGGCUCCUUGGGGAUUUUGAGGGGUUCUUUUCUCCAGCCCUGGAAGGAAAACACAUCCUGGAGUGUCUCCAGCAGCAAUGGCUGCCCUCUGCACGGUGGUGCCCCACAUCUGGGCACAGCUGUCUGCAGCAACCCCACAUCUGGGCACAGCUGCCCACAAUGCUGAGGUGACCCCAGAAAUUGCAGAUGCUGCUUAUGCCUCAAAACCCAGGAUGGUGAUGCCUGGCAAAUGCUGGGGGGAGAGCUUUUCCCACUCCCUGGUGCCAGGAAACCCCGACUUUGUCCCAGGAGUGAGCAAGAGUCAGGUAAGGAAGAGCGGAGAUCCACGCUGCUGCACCUUUAUUUAGUGUUCAAGGGAAGGGCACCACCAGCGACAGAAAAGCAAAUGUACACAGGGAAAGGGACCAGAGACACUCGGGUGGCUUGUGGUGAUGCCAGCAGCGGGGCGACCCCCUGGACUACCAAAGGAGCGCUCCUACACGGGAGUCAUUCCCGAAGGAUGCACAAACACGCUGGAAGGAACACGGGGAUCAGAGGUGUGCAAACAGCAGCCAGCAGCGAGCCCUGCUCCCUGCCCAGACCCGUGCUCCUGGCAACCUGCUCCUGGAGAGCUACAGCCCCACCGAGUGAGUGGCACAGACGCUGCUACAGCCAGCCUGGGAAAGCAGACAGCACCUAUGCCCGGCAGGGAUGCUCUGCAAGGAUAAGGAGCCACUCGACUCGUGAGUGCGGGUGGGCGCCGAGGCACCACGUGUGCGUUACUGACGAGCAGCCGGGAGGGCGGGCAGGAGGCUCCGUGCGGCCCCGCCCGGCUGCGGAAGGCACCGAGCCGCCGGCUGUGCAUCCAUAGCCUGCCGGAGGGACAGGGGGGCCCGCAGACCUCGGAAGGAGCCGCCAAGCCGGGAGGGGGAGGAGUGUUCAGUUCCGGAGGUAAAGCCGUCCGGUGGCAAGAUUCUAAGGCGGGGGGUGGAUGAUUU